CAAUGGCGAGCUGCGGCUAGCGAGAUUCGACCUGCGACACCACGCCGAUGGAGUCGCCCAUUUCAGGAUUUGUCCCUUUGCAACAAACACCAGCAGUCUGUCAUAUCACCCUCGUUUCCUCCCCUCCAACACUCCCCGUUGCCGGUUAAAACUCACGAUUUCAAGCCGACACACAAGACGGCAAGAAGAAACAUCAUGGCUGUCGGAACGGUCCUGGUCACUGGUGGCACUGGCUACAUUGGGUCUUUCACAACCCUCGCGCUGCUUGAGAACGGGUACGAUGUCGUGAUCGUCGACAGCCUCUACAACUCGUCCCAGGUCGCCGUCGACCGCAUCGAGCUCAUCUGCGGCAAGCGCCCCGUCUUCUAUCAAGUCGACAUCACGGACGAAGCUGCGCUCGACGCCGUCUUUGCCAAGCACCCUGAGAUCGACAGCGUCAUUCACUUCGCAGCCCUCAAGGCCGUCGGCGAGUCGGGCGAGAUUCCGCUCGAGUACUACCGCGUCAAUGUCGGCGGCAGCAUCUCGCUCCUGCGCUGCAUGGAGAGGCACAACGUCAGCAAUAUUGUCUUCUCCUCGUCAGCCACCGUCUACGGCGACGCCACCCGCGUUCCGAACAUGAUCCCCAUCCCCGAGCACUGCCCCAUCGGCCCCACGAACACGUAUGGCCGGACGAAGGUCAUGAUUGAGACGGUCAUCACCGACCACAUCGAGGCGCAGCGGCGCAACAACCAGAAGGCUGGGAAGCCGUACGAUCAUUGGAAUGGUGCUCUGCUCCGCUACUUCAACCCGUGCGGCGCACACCCCAGCGGUAUCAUGGGCGAGGACCCGCAAGGAGUGCCGUACAAUCUCCUCCCUCUGCUCGGGAAGGUGGCGACCGGGGAGCGGGAGAAGCUGCAGGUCUUCGGUGACGACUACCCCUCGAGAGACGGCACCGCCAUCCGCGACUACAUCCACGUCCUCGACCUGGCGAGCGGCCACCUUGCUGCCCUCAACUAUCUCCGCGAACACAAGCCCGGCGUCAAGGCAUGGAACCUUGGGUCCGGCCGCGGCAGUACCGUCUUUGAGAUGAUCAAGGCCUUCAGCAAGGUCGUCGGCCGCGACCUGCCCUACCAGGUCGUCGAGCGGAGACUCGGCGAUGUCCUGGACCUGACAGCAAACCCCGCCCUGGCCAACAAGGAGCUGAAGUGGAAGACGCAGCUCACUCUGGAGGAUGCCUGCGCCGACCUGUGGCGCUGGGUCAAGAACAACCCCAAGGGUUACCGGCAAGAGCCGCCGGCCGAGCUUCUGGAAGCUCUCAAGGCCAAGAAGGCAUAGACGAGACCUCUUCUUCCCCCACCGCUGAAGUCGACCCCAUUGCGAUACCAAGACACUUAGAAAUUUUGGUGGCUCGAUAGAUGAAAAAAAAAAAGUCUUUUCCUUCCGCUGAGAGCAUCAUUCUUUAGGGGCUGCACGUUAGAGCUACUCACUAAUUAACAAUUCAGAAAACGAUAACAAGCCACUUCCUAGACCCUGAGCAGCAGCUUCCCAGUCGUCUUCCUGCCCUCCAAAUCGGCAUGU